CUGUCCAGUUCCAUGAAGAAGUGACUCAAGUCCAGUCACAGAGAAGUAGAACUGUGACCAAAACUCCUUUUAAAUAUGUGUGUGGAAGUCAAAGAAUUCAAGUUUUUUGAAGAAAAUGCUUUGAUAAACUGUUUUUAAAAUGUGUUUUUGGUGGAUUUUAAAAAGUCUUUUAAUAUUUUUAUUAAUUUUUCAUGUAAAUUGUCAAGAUGAUGAAGGACCAUAUAAAGGAAAAUACAUAGGAAAAAUCAACUCUUAUCAUCAUCAAGUUUCUGGCGAUGUUUACGCUGUAGACGAAUAUAGGCUUUUAUUUACAAAAUUUAAUUAUGAUGGAAAUGGCCAAGAUACCUUUUUCUAUGCUGGAUCAUCUAAUAGACCAGGAAUUCAAGGAUUUAUUGUUCCUGACGAACACGGAAAAACAAACAUUCUUGAACGUUACUUCAAUAAAGAUUUUACAUUAAGACUACCUGAUACUAAAGUGAUAACAGACAUUAAAUGGUUGGCUAUUUUUGACAUUUGGAACCAAAAUACGUUCGGUGAUAUUUACAUUCCUGAAGAAUUUGAGCCACCUAAAGUACAAAAAAUUCCGAAAUUAGACGGAAAAGGUAACUCGGUGGAUUCCGACCCCAUCGAGGUUAUCGACGCGAAAACUUUAAGACUGCCCAAGUUUAAAUACGAUGGAUUAGCGAAAAAAGCUCACUUUUGGGUUGGUGUGGGACCGCAACCUAAUAGCAAAGGACAAUUAGUUCCUGAUGAAUACGGAUAUGUUGAUGCGUUAAGAGCGUAUAAUGGCCAAUCAAUUAUAUUAGAGCUUCCUGGUGAUUUAACAAUAUUUAACAUCGAUUGGUUUAGUAUUUUUGAUUUAGAAACGAACACUAAUUUAGGAUCAAUAAUUAUUCCUGAAGGAUUAAACGUUCCACCAUCUUUAGUUAAAGUUAUCCCUCACAAAAGCAAUUUACCACAUUGUUUACAAUUACAUAAAAACUUCCAAUUAUCCUGGGAAAUUUUUGGCCCACAAAUCACGAUAGAGUUGGCCGGACAAGUUCGUGAAGACGAAUAUCUUUCAUUUGGGUUAUCUGGAUCUGAUGAACGAAGUCAAAUGUUGGGUUCAGAUGUUACAGUUGCUUAUGUUGAUCAACAUAAUGGUUAUGCUAUUGAUUAUAACAUUACAGCUUUAUCACCAUGUGUUAAAGUAUUAGGACAAAACAAAGGUGUCUGUAAAGAUGACUUGGUUGGAGGUCAAGAUAACUCGCAACUUUUUACAGCUUCGAGAAAAGACGGGAUUAAUGUAAUAACAUAUAGAAGAUUUUUAAGUUCAUCUGAUCAUGGUGAUAAAGAAUUCCCUCUAGACCGUGAAGUAUACAUAGUUUGGGCGAUGGGCCGAUUAGAUUCAAAGAAAGAACCAAGUUUCCACGACGCCUACUCAAAAGCAAACAUAAAAGUUGAUCUAAACGCAAAAGACGCAUCCUCGAAUUGUUUCUCAUUUACAAAAACCGACCAAACCAUCGAAGACAUUUGGGAAAAAGGCGAAAUUUACGACCGCACCAUCCGAGUUUUUAACGCGUACGUUGGCCCAUCUGGUGGUAAAAAAGGUUAUCAAGCGACCACGGGGCAACCUUCAACAACUUUAGCUUGGUACAUAAACGGUUUAUUAGCACCUGAGCUUUGGUUAAGAAGAGGAUUAACUUACCAAUUUAAAGUGAGAGGUGGUAAUAACCCCCAUAGCGCCGAAUUUUACCAUCCUUUAAUCAUUACGAACGAAGCACACGGUGGUUACGAUAAAUUAACCGAUGUUGCUCAAUCAAAAAUUCGAGUUUUAGCUGGGGUUGAGUAUACAAGACGAGGAAGACCUCGACCAACCACAGCUGGACCACUUUGUUUAGCAAAACAUCGCGAUAAUCAAGAUAGAAGACUAGACGACGAUUUCGCAACAUUUAAAAAGUUUAAUCGAUCGUUAACUUAUUCUUGUGAAGAUGGGGAUGCUGCAAUUUUAGAAAUAACACCGAAUACAACUUGGCCGGAUGUCGUUUAUUAUAAUUCGUUUACUCAAGCGAAUAUGGGAUGGAAAAUUCACGUUGUCGAUAGUUUUAAUCGCGGUAGUGAUACAACGAGGAUUUUACCUAAUUUAAACGUUAUAGUCGCGUUGUUACUUGUUAAACAAUUAUUAAGAUUGUUUAAUUAAAGUGAUGACGAGACAAGGGGAGUAGACAGAGUUUUAAUUUUGGAUUGAUUAAUACUUUUUGUCAUUUAGAAUUUUGAAAUUGUAAUUUUUAUGUUAGAAAAUGUAAGGUUAUUUAAAAGUAAGAUUUAAAUUAUUAAAAAAUAA